UUUCCUGUCAGAAACCAGGAAGUGGUUCGGAGGCUGCUGUUUGUGUUCGUUGCUCAGUUUUUCGUGUCUGUCAUUUUUUUCUGGUUUAAGAGUUGACGGGCCGAAAUGGCGACGUUUAUUUCAGUCCCGUUAAAGAAGUCAUCUGAGGUGGACUUGGUGAAACCGCUUUCGAAAUACAUCACCGUUACAUAUCCAGCGGGCGAGGACCAAACAGAGUAUAUCCGCGCCGUUGAGGAGUUGAACAAGCUCCGCAAGAACGCGCUGGGAAGGCCGCUCGACAAACACGACAGCUCUCUGGAAAUCUUACUCCGAUACUACGAUCAACUGUGUGCUCUGGAGCCCAAGUUUCCCUUCUCUGAAAACCAGAUCUGCUUAUCCUUCACAUGGAAGGACGCCUUUGAUAAAGGAUCCCUGUUUGGCGGCUCAGUCAAACUUUCUUUGGCUAGUUUGGGCUACGAGAAGACAUGCGUGCUGUUCAACUGCGCAGCUUUGGCCAGUCAGAUCGCAGCAGAGCAGAAUAUGGAUAAUGAUGAGUGUCUGAAGACUGCUGCGAAAUACUAUCAGCUGGCCAGUGGAGCUUUUAGUCACAUUAAGGACACUGUGCUGUCUGCGCUGAGCAGGGAGCCCACCAUGGACAUCUGCCCGGAGACUGUAGGAACUCUGAGCCUCAUCAUGUUGGCACAGGCUCAGGAGGUCUUUUUCCUCAAAGCCACCUCAGACAAAAUGAAAGAUGCUGUGAUUGCAAAGCUGGCCAAUCAGGCGGCAGAUUUCUACGGCGACGCCUUCAAGCAGUGCCAGUAUAAAGACAACCUUCCUAAGUAUUUUUAUUUUCAGGAAGUCCUGCCGGUGCUGGCAGCAAAGCACUGCAUCAUGCAAGCCAACGCCGAGCUGCACCAGAGCGCCCUCGCCAAGCAGAAGAAGCACUUUGGGGAGGAGAUUGCACGUCUGCAGCACGCCCUGGAGCUGGUGAAGACGGUGGCGUCUCGCUACGACGAGUACGUGAGCGUGAAGGACCUGAUGGACAAGAUCAACCGAGCCCUCACAGCUGCCAAGAAAGACAACGACUUCAUCUAUCACGACCGUGUGCCGGAAGUCAAGGACUUGGAACAAAUUGGCAAGGCGGCGCUGGUCAAAGCCACCGCCAUCACGCCUCCCCUCAGCCAAAAGUUUACAGAUUUGUUUGAAAAGAUGGUGCCGAUGGCCGUACAGCAGUCCAUGAGCGUUUACGGUCAGAGGAAAGCCGAGACGGUCAACAGGCUGGUGGGGACCAUGAGAGAAGCCACCAAUCUCUGCAACGGGGUCUUGGCGUCCCUCAACCUGCCUGCAGCGCUGGAGGAUCUUUCAGGAGACUCGGUCCCUCAGUCCAUCGUGGAAAAGGCUCGAUCCAUCGUGGAGAAGGGAGGACUGCAGAGCAUCGAGCAGCUGAUCAGAGACCUGCCCGAGCUCCUGACCCGCAACCGGGAGAUCCUGGAUGAGUCUCUGAAGAUGCUAGAUGACGAAGAAUCUACAGACAACGAGCUGAGAGGCAAGUUUAACCAGCGCUGGAACAGGACCCCAUCUGGAGACCUCUACAAGCCCCUCCGUAUCGAGGGCACGAACUUCCGCAACGUCUUGGACAAGGCGGUGCAGGCGGACCAAGUGGUGAGGGACCGCUACAACGCCCACUGUGACAUGAUCGCCCUGCUGUGCAAACCGCCAAGCGAGCUGAGCGCCGCCAUCCCCUCAGCCAACCCCACCAAGACUCUCCAGGGCAGCGAGAUCGUGAACGUGCUGCGCUCCCAGCUCGCCCAGCUGGAGGAGGUAAAGAAGGAGAGGGAGACCCUGGAGGGGGAGAUCAAGGCCGUGACCUUUGACAUGAGCGUCACCUUCCUGACGGCGCUCGCACAGGACGGCGCCAUCAAUGAGGAGCAGCUGUCACUCACCCAGCUCGACAAGCUGUACGGGAGCUACAACGAGAGGGUGCAGGCCAGCCUCCGCUCCCAGGAGGAGCUGCUGGGGCAGGUUCAGGUUUCUCAUCAGGAGUUCAGCAGCCUGAAGCAGUCCAACACUGAAGGCCACCAGAGGGAGGAGAUCCUGAAGAAACUGGCUUCAGCUCACGACAGCUACAUUGAGAUCAGCAACAACUUGCGUGAAGGCACCAAGUUCUACAACGACCUGACGGAAAUUCUGCUCAAGUUCCAAAACAAAUGCAGCGACAUCGUGUUUGCUCGUAAGACGGAGCGGGAUGAGCUGCUCAAAGAGCUGCAGCAGAGCAUCGCUCGAGAGCCCAGCGCUCCGUCCUUCAACGUCCCUGCCUAUCAGAGCACGCCUGCCGCCCCUGUGGCCGGACCGACGCCCGCCCCCAGAACCGUUUUUCAGCCGCAGCAGCAGCCUCAGCCGAAGCCCCAACCCCCCUCAAGGCCGCCUCCCCCUAACAUAACUCCUCAGGCAGCCUCCGCCACCCCAACACACGCACCGGCCGUCGGACCCCCCACCAACAACCCGCCGCCGAUGGCACCACUCCCACAGGCACAGGGGCCCCCUUACCCUACCUAUCAGGGAUAUCCAGGUUUCUACCAGGUGCCGAUGGGCUACAACCCUUACCCUUACAACAUGCCCAACAUGGGCUACAUGCCCUUCCAGGGGGCCCCAGGACAAGGAGGGUACCCAGGAGCCCCUCCAGCUGGACAGCCGUAUGCGGGUUACCCACAGCAGCCCCCCCCGCAGCAGCAGCAGCAGCAGCAGCAACAACAGCCCUACUACCCCCAACAAUAACUCUCCCCUCUUCAUCUCUACUCUUCGCACCAAAAAAACGUUCCUCAGCAAUAACACUUCUUCUCCAUAAGUCAAUCCUCGUUUUGUACUUUGCUGGCUCUCACUAACAGCAGCUGUAGGAUGUGGGACUUCUUUGCUGCUGCGCACUUUUUCUCAAGAGAUUCUUCACUGAUUUCUUUUUAUUUGUAUUUUCACUCUAAAAGCUUCUUCUUUCCUCAGCUUUCCCCUUUUUUUUCCCUUUAUUUCCAUUUUCAGUUUGCAGAUCUGUGCACUAACUCCCUCUGACUUCCCGUAGAUAUUAUUUUCUAUCAUUUAAUGGUUUAAUUACCUGUUAUGUUGAACCCUAAUCCAUUUCACUGAUAAACGACUAUUUGCUGAGCUGGACCACUCUAUGAUAGGAAACGUCCCUUCCUGGUUUGGGAGCGUUGAAUUAACGGCCGGGCUGCUGGGAGUUUACUAGAAACUCGUCUGACUCGACUUUCACAGCUUCUGCAUCAACUUUAAUACUAUUUUUGUAACGAAUACUGAUGCUCGCCUAAUGCAUAAGCCCAGAACGCUGAAUGAGCUGUAGGAUCUCCGUUCCGCUCUCCUCAUUUUGCUCUUUUCUCCUUCGCCCAAAGGAAUGCGGGUUUCUGUCUGUGACACUAUCAGAAGCUGUACAAAUAGGAAAACCUGUUCUACAAUAUAAAUAUAUGUAUAAAUAAGACUCUGUAUGUGGUUAACCAAGACACUUUGUGUGCUGCACUCCCAUGUUCUUCAUUUUUAGUUUUUCAGCUCUAAUGUGAUUAAAAAGAAGAAAAAAAACUGUAA